AUGCCGGCGCGGCGCCGCAUCUUAGUAGACGUCGGCGGCAAUCAAUGGCUUGGCUCGCCGAAGGCUCUCCUCGACCACUAUCUCGCGGCCGGCGCGCCGUUCGACGAAGCCCACAUCUUCGAACCGAACGGCUUGGACGGCGCUCCCUCGACAUACUACAACACCACGAUACACGUUCACCGAACCGCCGUCGACGUCGGCACUCGCGAUGAAAACGACAUCCUCCAGUGGCUCCAAAACACCGCCCGCGAAGACUUCGUCGCGCUCAAGUUCGACGUCGACAACGACUUCUCGCUCGGGCCGACCAUGGAGUGGGGCUUCCUCGCGGACCUGUUGCGGCGUCCGGAAGCGCUCGCCCUCGUCGACGAGUUGUUCGUCGAGCUCCACUUUUACGCGCCGUCGCUCCGCUGGGUGCACCCGACGCACUCGAUGAAGCAGGCCUUCGACGUGCUACGCCAGCUCCGCGCGUGCGGUCUGCCCGUACACGCGUGGCCGUAA